UUUUCUGGUUUUGAAUGAUUAAUAACAGGGAAAAUAAAAGAUUGUAUUGUCAAAUUCCAAUACAUUCUCCAACAUUGAACGGCCGUAAACACUCUCAUGGUGGAAUUUUAGGGAACUCUGCUCUACCGUUGGUUUAUUGUCCCUUGUGUGUUUUCACAGAUAAACCUCUGUUAUUUAAGGCCAUUCUUUUUGUGGGUCAUUUUGGUCUUGCCUUUUGCGUGGAGGGUUUUAGCCAUUAGAAGAAAUAAUGUUGACCUCCAAAGAGUUUUGGACUAAGAAGACAUUGAUAGGUCUUGGGCUGGGGCAAUUUCUCUCCCUUUUGAUCACUUCCACUGGCUUCUCAUCUUCGGAACUCUCUAAAAAAGGAAUCGAUGCACCAACUUCGCAGUCAUUUCUAAAUUAUGUGCUCUUGGCGAUUGUAUACGGAAGCAUCAUGCUCUAUCGAAGGCAACCACUUAAGUCAAAAUGGUAUUAUUAUUUACUUCUUGGAUUGGUAGACGUUGAGGCCAAUUUUCUAGUGGUCAAGGCUUAUCAGUAUACAGCUAUUACAAGUGUAAUGUUGCUCGAUUGUUGGUCUAUUCCAUCUGUAAUGCUUCUCACGUGGAUUUUCUUGAAAACGAAAUAUAGAUAUAGAAAGAUAACUGGUGUGGUUGUCUGUAUUGCUGGCCUUGUUACUGUUGUAUUUUCAGAUGUACAUGCAGGUGAUAGAGCAGGUGGAAGUAACCCACGUAAAGGGGAUGUGCUUGUUAUAGCUGGUGCCACACUCUAUGCUGUCAGUAAUGUCAGUGAGGAGUUUUUUGUAAAGACUGCUGACAGAAUUGAGCUCAUGUCAAUGCUGGGCCUCUUUGGUGCCAUUAUCAGUGCUAUACAAGUAAGCAUUCUAGAGCGGGACAAUCUCAAAUCAAUUCAUUGGUCAGCUGGGGCUGCUCUUCCUUUUGUUGGAUUCUCAGUGGCUAUGUUUCUCUUUUACUCAUUAGUACCAAUCUUGCUUAAGACAAAUGGGUCUACGAUGCUUAACCUGUCUUUGCUGACAUCGGACAUGUGGGCUGUCAUAAUUCGCAUCUUCGCGUACCAUGAGAAGGUUGAUUGGAUGUACUUCUUGGCGUUUGCUGCUGUUUCUGUUGGGCUUAUUAUCUACUCAGGCGGUGACAAAGAAGAGAAUCCUCAUGCUGGUGUUGCAGAUGAGGAAGCUGGUUCCGGAAGCUGCAACUAUGGAACAAUGGAAGGGAGCCUGAAAACAGGUGAGACUUCUAAUAGCUUUCUAGAGAGAGUUGGAGAGAAGGACAACAAACUAGUUCAGCACGAUCCUUACAGAACACCAAUUGCUGCAUCAUGAUUAGAAGUUUUAUCAUGACUUAUGAGUAAUUCAUUUUUUAACCCAUUCUUCUAGUUGUAAUUAUUGUGAACUCAAAUAUCUAUAAUUAUAUCACAAUCUAUUCAAUGGAAGGUGCUUAGGGGGCUGAGAAAUGUUUUCAGCAUUGAUA